CUUCUCUCUCUAUAAAAGAUAUGAGGAAUUAAAAAGGCAGAGAGAUCGAUCCAACAAGAAGCUAGCUAGUUGAUUAACCAGUCGAUCCCAUCUUUCUUAUCAAUCCAUCCAUCAAUCAAGUCAAAUCAAAUCAAAAGAGUGGACAUUAAUCAUAGGAGUAAUCAAACAACAAACAAUAUUAUUUAAAGAAACAACAACAUUUAUCAUGUCUUCUUCAUCCGCUGCUUCUGCUACCGCCGCCGCAUUUUCACCGGACCAUUUCCAACACCUCUCUCCAGCUUCCUCCGACCAGCUUUGCUAUGUUCAUUGCAACUACUGUGACACUGUUCUUGCGGUUAGUGUUCCAUGUUCGAGCUUGUUCAAGACGGUGACGGUCAGAUGUGGGCAUUGUUCCAAUCUUCUUUCUGUUAACAUGCGUGCUCUUCUUCUUCCAGCUCCUGCUAAUCAACUUCAUUCCUUCUUCACUCCUCAAACACUUUUGGAGGAGAUCAGAAGCUCGACGCCUAACAUGAUGGUGAAUCAGCAGACGCGUAAUGUUGAUAAUGACUCUCCCAUGCCUGUUAGGGUUGGAGGACUUGAUGAACUCAUUCCUAAACCGCCUACUGCUAAUCGACCUCCGGAGAAGAGACAGAGAGUCCCGUCUGCUUACAACCGGUUCAUAAAGGAUGAAAUCCAACGUAUUAAAGCUGCAAACCCUGAAAUAAGCCACAGGGAAGCAUUCAGCGCUGCUGCUAAAAACUGGGCCCACUUUCCACACAUUCAUUUUGGAAUCUUGCCUGAUCAUCAACCCGUGAAGAAGGCUAAUGUGCGCCAACAGGAAGGAGAUGAAAUAUUCAUGAAAGAUGGGUCGACGACGUUCAUGAUGUCUCAGGGCAACGUUGGUGUUUCUCCUUAUAACUAAAA